AGCCAGACGAGCGUGAUGGGUUCUUGUAACACCAAGGAUUACGUGGUCCCCGCGGAACAGACAGACUCCAAUGGUUACGUUGUGUCUGUCAACGGCAGCCACGACAGCGCGAAAAUAACCAAAAACGGCAAAUCGAAAUCAAAAUCGGACAAGAGUGCCGACAACAAGGGUUUCACGAAUGACUCUUCCGCAUCGAAUGGGAACGGCGGGGUUCAACCCGUCCGAGCUGACACAUCGCACGCGAACGACGUGGUGGUCGAGCAGAACACAGAACGGAGCGACGGUUUCACGGCCGUCAAAGCCGAUACGUCACGCCUGGAGGAAGGGGGUGCUGCUGCUGCUGAUGGGAACACAGACGAUCAGAACAAUGGCGUCACGCCCGUGCGCGCCGAUCUGUCACAUUUGAACGAUUUGAUCGUGCACGCCGAUCAGUCACAUUUGAACGAUUUGGUCGUGCGCGUUGACGAGAGUGCAGACACGUCUCGCGUGGACGGCGGUGCUUCCGAUGGGAAUACGGAUGAGAAGACCGGGAUCGAACCCGUUCGAGCCGACACGUCGCGCCUGGACGAUUUGGUGGUGCGUGUCCAUGAACAGAGCGACGCUUUCACGGCCGUUAAGGCCGAUACGUCAUUCUUGGACAAUUUGAUCGUGCGCGUCGAAGAUGACGAUUCGGAUGCGAUAGGAGACAUUGCCCUCAUUGGUCUGGCUGUGAUGGGCCAGAACCUCAUCCUCAACAUGAACGACCACGGCUUCAAGGUGGUGGCCUUCAACCGCACAGUGUCCAAGGUGGAGGACUUCAUGAACAACGAGGCCAAAGGCACAAACAUCAUUGGUGCCAAGUCCAUGGAGGACAUGGUGGCGAAGCUGAAGCGCCCCAGGCGUGUGAUGAUGCUGGUCAAGGCUGGUGCUGCCGUGGAUGCCUUCAUUGACCAACUGGUGCCUCUUUUGGAGCGUGGGGACAUCAUUAUUGACGGAGGCAACUCCGAGUACAGGGACUCCAACCGUCGUUGCAAGGCCCUGAAAGAAAAAGGCAUCCUCUUCAUCGGCAGUGGUGUCAGUGGAGGCGAGGAGGGAGCUCGCUAUGGCCCAUCUCUCAUGCCCGGUGGCGCCGAGGAGGCUUGGCCAGCUGUCAAGGACAUCUUCCAGUCCAUCUCAGCCAAGGCUGAUGGAGAACCCUGCUGUGACUGGGUUGGUCCUGAGGGUGCCGGCCACUUUGUCAAGAUGGUUCACAACGGCAUCGAGUACGGCGACAUGCAGCUCAUCUGUGAGGCCUACAACGUCAUGAAGGACGCUCUGGGCGUGAGCCACUCGGAGAUGGCCAAUGUGUUUGAGGCAUGGAACAAGACAGAACUGGAUUCUUUCCUCAUCGAGAUCACCACAGACAUCUUGAGGUACAACGACACUGAUGGUGAGCCCCUGGUCACCAAGAUCCGGGACUCUGCCGGACAGAAGGGCACAGGAAAGUGGACGGCCAUCUCAGCUCUGGACUAUGGCGUGCCUGUCACGCUUAUCGGUGAAGCCGUGUUCGCUCGCUGCUUGUCUUCUCUGAAGUCUGAGCGUGUGCAGGCCAGCCGACAGAUCCCGGGACCAGCAGAGACCAAGUUCAAGGGUGAUGCCAAAGCCUUCAUUGAAGAUGUCAGACAGGCCUUGUACGCCUCCAAGAUUGUCUCCUAUGCACAAGGGUUCAUGCUGAUGAGAGAGGCUGCGAAGGAGUUCAACUGGAAGCUCAACUUUGGCUCCAUCGCUUUGAUGUGGCGUGGAGGAUGCAUCAUCAGGAGUGUGUUCCUUGGAAACAUCAAACAGGCCUAUGACAAAAACCCCGAGCUGAGCAACUUGCUGUUGGACGACUUCUUCAAGACUGAAAUCACAAAAUGCCAGGAGGCCUGGCGUAGAGUUGUGUCCCAGGCUGUUCUUCUUGGCAUCCCCACCCCUGCCUUCAGCACCGCCUUGGCCUUCUUCGAUGGUUACCGCAGCGAGACCCUGCCCGCCAAUCUCAUCCAGGCUCAGAGAGAUUACUUUGGAGCACACACAUACGAGCGCAACGACGCACCAGGCAAAUUUGUUCACACCAACUGGACCGGCAGAGGAGGAAACGUGUCAUCUUCCACGUACUCUGCAUAGUUUUCGUAUGAAUCUGCCUUGUGCUCUGGAGUAUCAUUUCACAAUUCAUGCACCAAGCAUCUCAAUUUUUGUUGAUUGUUGUUGUUGACAGCAAAUGACAAACACCCUUUCCGUCUUUUGUUUCUGUGAAAAUAAAGAGUUAUUGUUAUGAUGUCCCUUUACAUGAAUUUGUGUCAUAAUUGCCUCUGUUAUUGUUCUGUUAUUUCAGAUGUGAUUCUAAUUUAUUUUGAGGGGAACCGCCUCCUAUAACAUGUUUUGUUCUCCAUAUCUCUGCUAUCACGCUACUUGAGGAAAUCAGUCUGUUUGGUCUUCUCUCUCUUCUGGUCUGUCAAGAUGAAAAUCAAAAUCAGCAGACUCUGUUUUAGUUGUUUGUUAGUUUUUUUCUUCAUAUGUCAAGGAUGUGUGAUUUCUUGAUAGAUCUAAUGUUUUUCCUGCUGACUUACAUUGAUAGAAAUUAUUGUUUGAUCUUUUCCAUCUUUAAAUGAUCGCAAAUGGUUUUAGUGUUGAGACAAAUAGUAACAUUCCUGAUUUGUCGCUAGGAUGUGAGCACUUCUCUGCAAAGUGAACAAAUAAUUGUUCCAUUUUGAUACUAAACCCUGUAUUUUUCAAGAAUGGAGAGUGUUUAUGCAUAAUUUAUUGUUGGCACAUGUUAUGUAUCACAACUGCGCAUACACCUUUUGUAGCAAUGUUAAGUUUAAUUGAAUCGAACCCAUGCCUUUGUCAAUUUAAGUGCAUUUAUUUUUGCACGCAGCAUAUUUUGAUUUUAAGGCUUUUGUUCAUGGUUUGAAUAGGGAGAGUGCUAAGGUUUUGUUUUCAGUUAUGACAUUAUGUUAUAUAGUUAUUUAUUUUAUACUGAGGACCACAACAGUGUUGAGGAGAAGUUAGAGCAACUGUUUUAAAAAAGCUACUCCACAUUUUGAUCAAAUACUGGGCAUGUAUUUCUGAUUAAAAGAAUGCUUAUUUCAUCAUUGUUCAUUGCAGUAUACAAUUUAUUGUCAGCCAAUUUGCCUGUAAAUGCGUUUGUGCUUUUGAUAAGGUUUGUAUUUUAGGUGGGCUUUACUUACUGCUGUAGUCUCAGGAAAAAUUAAUUCCCUAUUAGAUCUAGGAACAUGAAAGUCUGCCAGUCUUACUCUAUUUUAGAGAGUCCAUUGUGCAAGUCUCAAAUGGAUAUGAUUACAAAGACUGGUGGAGAAUAAGAAAUUGAGUUAUGGGUUGCCUGGUCAUUGGAGACAGAAAUGAGAUCAAGGAAUAACCUCCAAACAUAUUUGGACUAGAAUUUUAAUUAUAAAGGAGAGAACUACGAUUGUUCGUACUCAUUUAAGUCAAGAAUAUUUCCAAAGUUCAGAAUAUAUGUUGAAGAAUUACUGUUUAGUUUCACAGGUUUUUUUGUGUUUUAAAAAAAUUUAAUUUUGGUUAUAUAGCAGUGCAGUGAACAAAAGGAGGCUCAGUUUUGUAAGAUCUGUACAACUUUAUGUAUAUACAUGUUUUACAUUUUGAAAGAGAAAUGCAUGUAUUGAUUUUACUGUUGAUCAUGUCUUGUAAUAAAAUAAAAGAAUUUAUACUACUAAGUACUUUGUUUGAUCGCUUUAUGAAUGCAUAUAUAUAGAUCUAUAUAAUAUAUAAGAACAAGACGGCACUGGAUGUAGGCUUGAUUCUGAUUAAACGCGUUUGCAUAUGGUUCUUAUGGAAUAAAGGAAAAUGAAAUCACAAAAGUCUUCUCAGAAUCAGCCCAAAUGUCCGAUUCAGAAGAACUCUAGUUUUUAUCUGAAUUUCAGGCAACUGACAGAAACGACAUGGCUCUAUAUUGAAAAGAUAUACUUGUAAAAGACUUCCCUCAUCUCUUGUUUCCUAUCAAGUUAGUUGACCUCCAAUCGAGUGAACUAAUUCGAAGCUACUGAAAAGUCAGAGAAUGAGGUGCUAUGAAAUUUCAUUUUACUUCAAGAGGAUAUUUGUCGGUCUCAGGAAUGUGGAGUAAGCUGUAGAAAGGUCAUUUUGAUAGGCCAGGUACAUCUUCUUUCUGUGUCUAAGCAAUACUUACACUUACAAUAUUUCAGUUUUAUACUGCUAUUUUUGAUAUUUUUUAUAGAGUAUUUUUACGUUUUGUAAGAGUGCUCAUACUCAUAAUGAUUUAUAAUCGGAAAUGAUUUUUUUGUCAAAUCGGAUAGACUGCUGAUGUGUGUUGCGGCUGCCUGCAAAUCGUUUGCAUGAAAGAUUCGAAUACCAGUUUUGUUUAUCUUUUGGGGGUUAAGAAAGUUUUUGUUUUGUUUUGUUACUUCAAGGUUUGCUUCAGACUAAAUGUCUUGGAGAAUGGUUUCGCAUGGAUGCUUUUUGGGGACUUCAAACCUUCCUCUUUGGAAAGAUGAAUAUAUUUCUGCUAUCAUUAUUAUCUGAUUACAAGUUGUUUUGGAGGGGGGGGAGGAGGGGUAUUCAAAGAAAUUUUUGGGGGGUCAUAUGAGAGCGUGGUUAAAUGUGGGUUAUCUUCUGCGGGAGCAGGGCUACCCAAACAUGAGAAAUCACCUAAUUUGAUGACAUUUCCUCUAUGAAUUUUCAAGCAAUUAUUCUUCUGGUUUGUGCCAUAAUUGUCACAACAUGCUGUUGUCCCAAGACAAGUGGAAGUACGUACAAUUAUAACUGCAGUUUUCAACUGUAAAAGAAAAAAAUUUAAUAAAGUCAUAAUACUAUGAA